AUGGGUGGGGGCGUUUUGCAUCCAGCUAGCGUUACUGGAGUAGUAAAUAUAUAUAUACUACGUACUGUAAUGGCGGGUAGCAGCAAGGACUACCACGAUCCUCCUCCCACGCCGCUAGUGGACGCCGGCGAGCUGGGAAAGUGGUCCCUCUACCGUGCCACCAUCGCCGAGUUCACCGCCACGCUGCUCUUCGUCUGCAUCACUGUGACCACCGUCAUUGGCCACAAGCGCCAGUCGGCUGAGGCCUGCGCCGGCGCCGGCGUGCUUGGCAUCGCCUGGGCUUUCGGUGGCAUCAUCUUCGUGCUCGUGUACUGCACCGCUGGCAUCUCCGGCGGGCACAUCAACCCAGCCGUCACCUUCGCCAUGCUGCUCGCGCGCAGGGUCUCGCUGCCGCGCGCUGCGCUCUACAUGAUCGCGCAGUGCCUCGGCGCCAUGUGCGGCGCGGGCCUCGCUAGGGCGCUGCACGGUGGUCGUCAGUACGCGCGCCACGGCGGCGGUGCCAACGAGCUGGUGGAGGGCUACUCCGCUGGCGCGGGGUUCGCCGCCGAGAUGGUGGGCACCUUCGUGCUGGUGUACACGGUGUUGUCGGCGACCGACCCGAAGCGCAAGGCACGGGACUCGCACGUGCCCGUGCUGGCGCCGCUGCCCAUCGGGUUGGCGGUGCUGGUGGUGCACCUGGCCACCAUCCCCAUCACCGGCACUGGCAUCAACCCGGCGCGCAGCCUGGGGCCGGCCGUCGUUUACAACGGCAGCAAGGCGUGGAAAGAGCAGUGGAUGUUCUGGGUGGGGCCCUUCGCCGGCGCCGGCGCCGCAAUACUGUACCACCAGUACAUCCUCAGGGGCGCUGCUGCCAAGGCCUUCGCCUCCUCCUACCUCGCCCAUUUUGCUAGCUAG